AUGUACAGAAUGAACACCAAACUGCCUUUGGAGCCCCAGGAAGGGGGAGCGUGUGAGGACGUGUGCGCGCCGGUGUGGCCACGAUGGCAACUGCGCUGCCCGUUUGAUUGUGAAAACCUGGUGGUUGCUGUAAGAAAUGGCCUUUACAGCCAGAAGUAUAAACCUGUUGACUACAAACAUCUGUAUGAGCUUGCUGCAGGAGAAAAAAAGGCAUCUGCAGAAAUUCAGUUAAAGAUUGAAAAAACAAAGCAAGUUUCAAAAAACAAAAAAGAGCAAAUGCUGCUGAAACAGCACCAACAAGUGUGGUGGCAAGAGCAUAAAAGACUGAGUGAGAACAGGCAAAAAACAGAAGCAGAAAUAAAGACUUUUCUUGAUGAGGAAAGCCACAAGCACAACUUUUUGGGAGAUGUGAGAGACUUGGAGCAUCAGUUAUCAAAGGAGCGGGCUGCGUUCCGGGGAGAUACUGUUGCUCCUAUCUGGCAGCUGAAAGAGCGGUUGAAAUCCAGGCUGUCUGAAAUGCUGUCUUGCCUGAAAGCUAAGAUCAAUCCAGCUGAGAUGUUACAGCAGAUUGAGUUUGUGAAGAAGCAACAGAAAGUAAUCUUGGAAGCCCUUACCCAUGAAAGUCUGGCUUUGGAAAGAGAGCUUGAGGACUGUAAAACAAAAGCAUUAGCACAUUCUUUUGAAGAGAUAAAUGGAGUUUGCCUUGAAGUUCCUUCAGCACUCCUGUCUUUGGAAUGCCCCUACCCUGAUGUGAAGACCUUAGUUAUCAGUGAAUACCAACAGCUUGCCAGCUGCUUCCGGUCUAAGCUCCAGGAGAUUGAUCAGCAAUUAGAAGUUUUACAUAGGAAUAUUGACUGGAAGGAAGAGGAUCAGAGGGUUUUCCAGACUGUUAUCAGUCAGUAUCCAAGUGAUCUCCAGAGGAGAAGGACUUUGUACCUUGACAUGCUGCAGAGAUACCUUCCUCACAAAUCUCGGUGUGACCUGGUUGCUCACGAGAAGGCCUGGGAGCGGUGCCGCUUCGCCAGGAGCCGGCGCAGGGCUGUGGUGCUGGGCUGGGCUCAGGCCAGGGAAGCCUUUCUGCUGCGGGCAGCGGCGACCGCCGCCGAAGCCUCUGCUGCCCAGGAGGCAGAGGUGCUGCUGGCCCACAGCAGGCAAAAGCAGCAGCAGCUUUGUGCUGAGCUGAAAGCAAAGGUUGUACAGUGGAGAGCACAGCAGGAAGAGGCUGCUGAGCUGGAAGCUGCUGUGGCUGCCAGAAGAAAAGAGAAGGAGGAUGAGAAAGAAAGGCUGCGGAAGGAGCAGGAGAGGAUUCGCAGAGCUGAGGAGAACCAGAAAGUGAGGAAGUACAGGGCUGAGAAACAGCUCAGGUGUCAAGAGCAGGAGGAGAAAGAUCUUCAGCGUCUGGAGGAAUUAAGAAAAUUAAUGGCUGAACAAGCAAUUAAAGACAGAGAAAGGGUGAAGUUCAGACAGGCAUUGCUGGAGAAGAGGCGGCUGGAGAAGAAGGAGCUGGCCCUUGAAGCAGCACGUAAGGAGGAGGAGAAGGAGAAAUGCCUCGAGGCGCUCCGGCAGCAGGUUGCUGUUGUUGCAACAUUAGACCCAGCCAGAGUGGUGGCUGACACAGUGGCCUCUAAAGCUCGGAUGGGCAUUGGAACCAACGAAGAGUUUGAUCUUCAGAAGCCACUGUUCAAGUUGCACACAUACAGUGAGGAGCAGAUCAUUUCUGACCCCAGGCUUCGUGUUGAGAUGGCUCUGCGGGAAGCUGGACUUCAUAAAACACUUUAUGCAAAAGAGAUCUUACCAAAAAUCCCUCCACUGAAGCUCCCCAGAAGAGACAUGAGAUCCACAGCUUUUCAGAUGCAGGGCACCUCUGUGCCAGGAGCAGCUUCAGGGGGCACUGUCUGGCCUGUGCUGUGAACACCUGAAAUGAAUUUCCCUUGGGUUACUUGGUGUGUGCCACUGCUGGGAAGCCCCUGUGCCUUUCUCCUCACCCAGACAGAGGCUCUGCAAGGUGUGAUGGGUGCACUGUGGGUUCCCCUGUCCCUUCCUGCUGGCAGCCAGGGCAGCUGGAGGUGACAGAGUCCUCCAGACAGCCCAGGUCUUUGGCAUCUGGGGCAUCUGGGGCAGGAGCUCUGCAGGCAGCUGGGAGCACAAACCCAAACUGGCUUUGCAGGACACUCUGGGUUGUGUUACAACACAUGAACACAUGCCACAGCUUCCAUUCCGGGUUUCUCAAGGGUUUGAUCCUGUUAAUUACAAGAUCUUCAUUAUCAGAAACGAUUCUGCUAUUCCUUGAUUGUUAUCAGAAGAAACUUUGCCUCUGACUAUAUUUAGAAACCAAUUUACUGUGUCAUAUUUGCUGCAAACCAGUCGUGCAGUUUCAUGCUGCAGAGCAGUCUCCAGUAUCAAGCAUAAAUUAGGAAUGACAUUUCUGGUCUAGGAUCUUUGCUCUGGAGCUCAAACUGCUGAAAGAGAUUCUAUUAAAUGGAAGGAAAUUGAUAUCUUUUCAUCUUGUGAGUGAUGAUGUUUUCAAGCCUGACAUAAGAUGAGUGCAGAAUGCAUAUAAACAAGUUCCAACUGGCAACCCUUUAACCAAGGGUUUCGAAGGAUGAUGAGUAUCAGGAAUGUCUCAACAUCCAGAGUUGGGCAUCCAGGUAAUUACAGGAAGUUCAUUAAUCAUAGAAUGACUUAGGUUAGCAUGGAUCUUAGAGAUCAUCUACUCCAACCUCCCCACCGUGGGCCAGGAUGCAUCUCAAAUAGAUUUGGCUACUCAAGGCCUCAUCCAACCUGGCCUUGAAU